AUGAUUAUUUUAGAUAAAUAUUUUUUAUUAGUUAAUAAUAAAAAGAUAAAACUAUAAAUUGAAUAAAGUUUAAAAAGAAAGAAAUUGUUAUUAAAGCAUUUGGGCAAUCAAAAGGUAUAUUAAAUCUAAUUAGAUAGAUGGAUGAUGAUAUAGUUUUUAGUAAAGGAGUAUAAAUUGGAGAUAAGAAGAUGAGAUAUAUAGAUUUGAUAUAUAGAUUUGAUAUAAUAUUAAAAAUAAUGAUAUAAAAUAAAGAAAUUAAUUAGAAAAAGUGCGUAAAUAUUUUAAUAAAUGAUGAGAUUGAUAGAUAUGAUAAUAGUAAAUGCUAGAGAAAUUAGUUAUAAGUGUGA